AUGGACAACUUAAAUAGCAUCACCUAUGAUGAAGUCAAAGACAUCAAAACAUUCUCGUUGUCAGAUGAGAUGAUGUUUGCAUCUUCUGGACUCACACCAUUUGAAAUUAGUGGAGGCAUGGGACUGUUGGCUUAUGAAGUCUAUAUGAUGCACAAAAUUAUAAAUAACAUGAAAGAUGGCGGAACAGCAAAACAAGUGAAUCAUUCUGCCAAUGCCUCCAUUGAGAAUGAGAUCAUUUUUGGAAUCAAUGCUGAGAAUGGUCAAGAAAACUGGAUCCACAAUUUAAAACAAGAAUUUCAUGUAAUCAAAUUGAGCAACCAAUAUUUACAAUGGGAAAUGGCGAACAUUACAGGACCUAAAGGAGAAAGAGGAAUUCCAGGAGGAAGAGGUGACCAAGGAGAUAAAGGUGAAAAAGGAGACAUUGGAAUCAAAGGGAACCCAGGAACAAAUGGGAUCGGACUUUCUGGACCCAAAGGAGAACCUGGUGUUCCAGGAAUACAAGGAUAUGCUGGUUCCCCAGGAGAAAAAGGUGAUACAGGAGCCAUGGGACCAAUAGGGAUAAAAGGAGAUCAAGGUUUACCAGGUUUUCCUGGCCUAAAUGGUGAAAAGGGUUCAAAAGGGGAUCUUGGGCCUGCUGGACUACCAGGAGAACCAGGAAUGAAAGGAGAAACGGGGGAGAUGGGAUUACACGGCUUACCGGGAUCAAAAGGAGAACCUGGUGAAAGUGGAAUCAUGGGCCCAAGAGGAUUAACUGGUCAUAAAGGAGAGAAGGGAGAGAAGGGGAAUGAAGGCUUGCCAGGUCCUCAAGGUUUCCAAGGUGCUCCUGGAGUAGACGGAGAUAAAGGUGCUGCUGGAAAUGUGGGUCCACCAGGACCUCGUGGCCCAAAGGGUGAACAAGGGGAGAAAGGAGCAGCAAGUCAAGUUCCAGGCCCACGAGGACAAAAAGGUGAUCAAGGUCAAAAAGGUAGUAAGGGAGAUACAGGAUCACCAGGAACACAAGGUUCUAAAGGUGAAAGGGGCAUCUCAGGAUUCGGUGCUUUCCUCAGACUCAUAGGAGAAGACAAUCGUGGCCGUGUGGAGAUUUUGCACAAAGGGCAAUGGGGCACCAUCUGCGAUGAUUAUUGGGAUGUGAAUGCUGGCAACGUGGUUUGCAAAAUGCUGGGGUUCAAUCGCGCUGUUAAUACCUUCACUGCACCUGCAGGAUCUGGACAAAUCUGGCUGGAUGAUGUGCAAUGUUCAGGAAACGAACUCUCCAUUUAUUUGUGCAGAAAACGUGAAUGGGGUGAAAACAACUGCAGUCAUAGUGAAGAUGCUGGGGUUGAGUGUGCUUAAGGCAAUUUUGCAGCACAACCUAUAAAAUAAUAUUGAAAUAAGCAUCUCAGCCUUGUCAUGUGGUAUGUAAUUUACUGAUCAGUUACCAAAUGCUCACUGUCUUCUGUUGCAUCAAUAUAUUUUUAGGUUCUUCUUUGAUCAAAGCCAAUUUUAAAGAUGUAUUUGAUGUAGCUAGGCUCAUAGGUACACCGAGGAAGGUUUUUAUGUAAAAAAUCCCAUAAAUUGCAUCUUUAUUCACCUGGAUGAAGGAUCUAUUGAUACAAUUGGACUUCCUGAUAAGAAGCAUGUGUGCCUGUAUACAUACCACAAUGCAAUUAAUAUCUGUCAAGUUAGAUUUCAUCUUCAAUGAAGUACAAUGGCUUUGCUA